AUGUCAAAACACCAGUUACUAUGCAAUUAUCUGAUAAUUUGCACUAGUGCAAAUUAUCGCUUUACUAUUGGUCGAGGCCUAGCUGCCGACUUUGUAAUAGAAAGCAGAGUAGUUUCAAGAACCCACUGUAUCUUGGAAAAACUUGAAGAUAACUGGACUCUUACAGAUUCAAGUACCAAUGGUACUUUGGUUAAUGAAGAACUUUAUAAAGGCGCAUUGACUGCUCAACUAAAACAUAAGGAUGAAAUUUGUUUGGGUCUUGCUGAGUGCACUUACAAAUUUCUAUUACGAGAUGAGAGCGUUCCAAAUAGUCAAAUUGAAAGGCUCAGAAUGGAAGAAAAUUCAUCUCCAAGGCCAAACUCGUGGAGUAGCUUCGAUGAAAAUGGUAUAAGUGAUGACGUUCUCAAUAAUUUGGCUGAUGAUUUACUCAGCCAAAAGGACAACGAAGACAAAAUAGAAGAUGAAAAUCAACCAAGUACAUCAUCCAAUGCAGAAAAUAUUCCAGUAAUAAAUGAGGCACAAAUUAAUUUGCCUACAUCAUCAAAUGAAUCGGUACAAAAUUUAAAUAAUAACAAUCCUAUAGAAGAAAAUAAUGAGUUGGAAAAUUCUACAAGUUCAGUGGAGACAAUUAUUGAUUUAGACCAUGACUAUGCCAAUGGAGCUCAACUACCAGUACCUAAUUCUCCUAACACUAUAGAUAUUACUGGUGAUGAACCUGGAGAAGUUACAAGGGCUCCAUCCUUUUCAACAAAUACUACAUCUGUAUUGAAGAAUCCUAUGAGCAUAGAUAUCACUGAUGAUAAUAAUACUUAUAAUUCAGAUGGUGGUAAUAGUUCUACAACGAGUUCUACAAGUACCAUAACUUAUUCAUUGCCAGAAGAUCUACAAACUAAUGAAAAUGCUGGAUCAUCAAAUAGAUUGCCGAUCUCUGGCAGUAGUUCUAAUAGACCUGAAUUAUGGGUUGAUUUAAGAAAAGCGGAUGCUGCUUGUUCAGAGCAAAGUGAUGGUUUUUAUCUGCCAUACGAGAUGGCUAGAUACAAUGAUGAUAGUAAGAGAAUUAAACUUCAGUGCGUCACUUCCUCAAAUAUGCCAACUCAUACAAGUUCUGCAAGUACCAUAACUCAUUCAUUGCCAGAAAAUCUACAAACUAAUGAAAAUGCUGGACCAUCAAACAUAUUGCCAGUUUUUGACAGUACUUCUAAUAGACCUGAAAUAAGUGCUGCUUCUUCAGAACAAAGUGAUGGUUUUUAUUUUAUCAACGGAAAAAUUUGUUUAAAAAAAGAUCUGCCUUACGAGUUAGCUAAAUACUAUGAUGAUUGUAAGAGAAUUAAACUUCAGAGCCCCACUUCUUCAAAUAUGCCAACUAUGUGUUCAUUAUCCAGAACAUUCAAACAGCCAACGGUUUUCUGUAUUAAAACAAAUAAUAUUGGCAAUGUCCAAGCUGGUAGUUCUGUUCGUACACCUGGAAGUCAACAAGAAAAUCCAUCUUCAAAUUUCCCAAAUCCUAUAAAAAUCAUACGGAUAGAGCGAAAUGUGAUUCAGAAUACUGCAACUACUACGAAUUUACCACAAAAUACAGAAACUAAAGAAAAAAGUCCCCCUAAAAUAUCGCAAGAUGCUCAAAGGCCAGGCACAAGCAAAGAUUCAGAGAAAUGUGAUGAAUUGGAGCCACCUAAACAAUUAAAUCAAGGUCUCGACCAGAACGCAUAUGAAGAAAUGGAGAACGAACUGAUGUGUGUAAUAUGUUCCAAUUUGUUCAUAAAAGCUGUCACCCUAGGUUGUUCACAUUCCUUCUGUCAAUAUUGCAUCGAAUCAUGGAAAAAAAAUAAAACCGACUGUCCCAUUUGUCGAACUAAAAUGGUUUCCACUACUAGGACAUUAGUGCUGGAUAAUAUUAUUGAAAAGAUGAUGGAUAACGCUUCCGAGGAAGAUAAAAAAUUACGCAAAGAGGUCAUAGAUGAGAGACAAAAAAUUGCUGAUGCAGAAAUUGCAGCCAAAAACCAGCAGCAGGCUGCAAACGCAAGAGGGGGUAGAAACGGAAGAGGGAGUAGAAAUGUUAGAAGGAGAAAUCAUCGGCCACCUGCAGGACCUGUCCUACAACCUAUGACCUCCCCAUCGUCCUCAGACUCCAGUGGCAACAUAACCGAGGACUCUGAAGAUCUAGAGGAGUAUUAUAAUGAUAACUGGUAUGAUAGACCCUAUUAUGGAGGAUAUGGAAGGUGCUAUGUCUGCGGGGAAUCUGGACACUGGGCCAACGGGUGUCCCUAUAGGUAG